AAGAAGAAGGUGCCGCCGGCGGCGGGAGGGAGGCAGGAGCGCGGAGCGGUGCAUCCCGCCGCCGAGGAGGCUCGGCCGGUGACAUCACCGCUGGAGCUGCCGAGAGAGUCGGGAAAUGGCUGCUGCGAGAAUGUUUUUUAGGGGACUUUUCCUAAAUCUUAAGGAUGAUAAACAGAGAAGACAAAAGAAAUGAAGAGAGAAGGUUAAAACAAAACCUCUCAUCUGAGAUUUGACCUCAGAAGGGAAAUCCUGGAGGUGAAGCCAUUGCAGAGAAGAAGUAAAAGAAGGAAGUGUCUGUGUGACAAGAAAGCCAUUUAACAAUGAAAAAAUUCACACUGUUUGAUUUUGUAAAUGAUAAUUCACUGCAAAUUGGAGAGACUUCAUGGAUCCAGGACCUUCCCUGUGAUGACAAUGAACUAGAAAGGCUUCUGAAACCUAAUGAGCACGUACUAGUAAACUGGCCAGUGGGAGAAAGAAAGACAGAAAAGCACCUGGUGAAAGUUGUGUACAUGAGUGAUGACCCCCAAGAGCUGGUGGAAAUGAUGCAAAAGAUAUUACGAGCAGAUGAAAUUACAAAAAUACAAGUCCUUGGAAAAGGCAAGAGGAAGAGGAUAGAAAUGAUAUUCUCAGAAAGUGAGGACAGUGACCUGGAUAAAGAAAAGGGGAAGAUGAUGAAACAUAUAAAAAGAAAGAAAUCAUUGCAGGCAUCUGCUCCUGCCAACAUCCUGAGUCAACUUGAAACAUCUUUAAUUAACAAACAGAGAGAACCAUAUUCAGGAAGCAACUUUCUAUAUAGUGAAAGUAGCAGUGAUGAUGAAGAGCCUUUAUUUCAACUCUCCAAGGUAGAACUAUGUGCCAAAAUUAAAAGUCUCAAGAGGAAGCUGACAGAUACCAUGAGAGAAAACUGCCGCCUAAGGCAGUCCCUGGUGAUGCUUCAAGUGUUGCCACAGGCAGUCACUCACUUUGAGGAACUGGUAGGGAUGGCUGAAGCGCUGCUCAAAGGGGGAGUGACAUCAGCCACGUCCAGUCUGCAUCCCCAUGCUGUUUGGAAGGCAUCUCACAAUCCAUUAGCAGACUCCUAUGCAGCUAUGCAUAGUAACUCCAGCUCACCAAUCACCCUGAAUGUGGAAGAUGAGGAGCAACAGACUGAAAAACAGUUCAAGAUCGAAAAGUGGCAGAUUGCACUUUGUAACAAGAGCAAACCUCAAAAAUUUAUAAAUGACUUGAUGCAAGCACUUUAUACACACGAAUACAUGGCUACACACAGCCUGACAGGUGCAAAGUCCUCCUCUUCAAAGGACAAAGCAGCAAAACCAGCUAUGAAUCAGAAUGAAGUUCAGGAAAUCAUAGGAAUCACAAAACAGUUGUUUCCAAACACAGAUGAUGCUUUAAUUAGGCGAAUGAUGGGACAAAAACUGAACAAUUGCACCAAGAAGCCAAUUUUAAGCAAAGACCUUAACUCAGGUGCUUUUCAGAAACAUAGUUUUUGUGGUUCAACAGCUGCUCCUCAGGGCAUCAUCUCUUCGGCUGUUCCUCCUUGCACACAAGACCAGCAGGAUGAUGAUUCACCAGCUGCUAAUGCACAACUUCAGCAAAGUGACAGCUGCCUGACUCCUCCACCUCCCGCCCCAGAAGGUCAGCAGGAGUGUCCCAAACCCACUUCUUCUAAGGUGGAGUCUCAACUCGCCAGCAGCUCACCAGCGCCCUCUCCCAGCCAGGGUUGUGGACAGAAUCUCAGGAAUUCAGACAAGGAAUAACAGGUGUUUCAUUCCAGCUCAUGUGCUCAACAGAGAUUAAGAAGCAGUAUGAAAUAAAAAAAGAAAUAAUACCUAAAUUGAACUAGAUAUAUGGUAGUGUCCAACAGUGGACAGAGAUAGAAGCCUGAGAACUUUUUUCUCAAACAAAUGAAAAUCCCAUAGAUUAGAAAAAAAUUGAAGGCAUAUUAAUAUAUUUGAAUUUAAGAUAUUAUAAGAUAUAUGCAUGUUAUGCAGUAAUUAAAACUUGUACUGAAGAAUACAAGUAGAGUGCCCCUUAGUUAGAAAAAAACAUUAUUUAAAGUACUACCAAAAGAAUAUAUAUGAGGAACCAUAAUUCCCCUUGCUUUCACCUUGACAGCUGAGGGAAAACUGCUUAACUGAUCAAAGAAAGUUAUUGCAUAUUAAUUCAAAAAAGAUACAGUGAUAUGGAGAGAAAAUAGAAAGAUCUCCUAGUGAAAUGAAGACUGUGGCCAGCACAGGAAUAGAAAGCACAGGGCCACAUGAGCAGGGAGGAAGAAAUAAAUAGCCAUCUAGGGCUGCUACUAACUUGGAAAACAAAAUAACUUUCUUAGGCCAAUGAAACUACAACUCUCAAGAUAUUCACAGGAAAAAGCAGUUAUUUUUUAACCUCUCAAGGUAGGAAAGGCAAUGGAAGAAGCCAUGUUCAUUUGUAGCUCAGGGAAGAGUCCUCCAGGAGAGCCUGUUUAGUUAUGGAAGCCAUUCUCUCACAGGGAUUCUGCUGCUGGUACUCUGCUGGUUUGGCAGCUCUUACUCCCUUCUUUUUCCCUGACCAUCAGGUCCAUAGGAUAAGGGUGCCUGGUGCCUUCAGUGGGGAAAUAGAGGACAUAUCAGCAGAAGCUUCUACUCCCUGUGUUUUGGUAUGCUACCCCUUGCUUAGAGAAAAGGUGGGCAGGCAGAAUAUUCCUCAUGGGAUGAGGACCAGGAAAAUUCCAGUAUCUGGGCAGUUCCCCUUGGGGUCUGACACCACUUCUUCCAGGAAGCAGCUAGCAGUCACACAAACCCUAUAACAGCCUUAGGAGAAGGAGUGGAAAGGUUCCCCAGGGCAGUGGUCACAGCACCAAACCUGGCAGAGUUCAGGAUGUGUUUGGACAAUGCUCUCAGGCACAUGGUGACUCUUGGGGUGUCCUGCACAUCCGAAGGGCCAGG